UUUUCUUCUAUAUAUGUUAGUUACUAGGUGAAGAGAGAUUUCAAGAUAUUGAAAAAAUUAAAACGAUCGGCAGCACAUACAUGGCCGUGUCAGGAUUAUCACCUGAAAAACAGCAAUGUGAAGACAAGUGGGGGCAUUUGUGCGCUCUGGCCGACUUCUCCAUAGCUCUGAAUGAAAGCAUACAGGAGAUCAACAAGCAUUCAUUUAACAACUUUGAACUCCGUAUUGGGAUUAGCCAUGGCUCUGUCGUAGCGGGAGUUAUCGGUGCUAAGAAACCCCAAUAUGAUAUCUGGGGCAAAACGGUUAAUUUAGCAAGUCGAAUGGACAGCACAGGUGUUAGUGACAGAAUACAAGUGCCUGAAGAAACGUAUCUGAUCCUGAAGGACCGGGGAUUUGCCUUCGACUACCGAGGAGAGAUUUAUGUCAAAGGUAUCAGUGAACAGGAAGGAAAAAUCAAAACAUAUUUUCUUCUAGGAAGAGUUCAACCAAAUCCUUUAAUCUUACAACCAAGAAAACUGACUGGACAGUAUUCAUUAGCAGCUGUUGUAUUAGGACUUGUACAGUCUCUUAACAGGCAAAAACAGAAGCAAAUCCUUAAUGAGAACAAUAACUCUGGAAUCAUAAAAGGACAUUACAACCGGAGAACUUUGCUCACUCCCGGUGGAUCUGAGGCAGCAUCCCAGGCAGAGGGGGCUGACAAAACUGAAUUGCCAUAAUCAGCAUUUUGUUUGUGUUCUUUUUUUUGUAUUUCUUUUAUAUAUAAAAAUAAAUAUACAAAUAAAAAGGGUUUAAAUUUUUUUA